AAACCCCACGUCGAUUACCUGCGUGUCUUCGGUUGCUUGGGCUACGUGUAUCUUAAUCCAGAGGAGCACGCCAACAAGCUCACUCUGAGAUCCCACGCGUGUAUACACGUUGGAGUAUCGGAUUCCGGAAAUGGAUACAAAUUCCUGACCGGCGACUGGAAACUUAAGAUCACCACAAACAUGGUGUUUGACGAGAUGAUGUUUCCAAAGCGACACAUGUUCUAG